CCUGGAAUCAGGCACCGUAGUGGAGGACGUGCUGUACGCUGCUGGCUCCAACGAAAACUGUGCUGUCUUCAGUCCAAUCCACAGCUUUAUGAUUGAUUUGGACGACCCAAAAAUAGAGGCAUUGUUCUCCAAAACCGAUUGGAAAGAAAUUAUCGCCGACCUUCCGCCUUUCCAACAUUAUGGAGAUGACGCAGACAAAUACUUGGACCGAUGCAUGGAUGUCGACACCAAGGAGGGGUUGAAGGCCGUAUUGGAGACGCGGCAACAAGAUCCCGAGUGCAGAAUAAUUCACUACUGUUUGGACCAGUGGGAGGAUUUGCUUAUCUCGGAGUCGUCGCCUUUCCUUGUGACAGCGCAGCUGGGGGAAACAUGGUGGAAGGAGAAUGCCUGGGGAGUGUGUAGGCGUCUAGCCACAGCGGUCAAAGGUGCUUUCAUUAUCAUGGGAGAAAAAGCCGGUCACGACUCGACGGAAAGAAGAAAUCAGGCUAUCAACAAUGAUGAUAGGAAGAAGAUCGGGGUCAAAGUUGAUUUUCUUUGGAGGACAAUAUCCUCUCCUGAUGUAGAUUGGUCUGCUGGGGAAUCAGCGACGGUUUGGGACCCAGCGUCAAUGAAGUAUCGCUACGAAGGUGUCUUCAAGUUGCCUCGGCAACUGCACGAUAUUCUUGUUGCGAGGACGUCUGAGGUUGGCGGCGUGGACUCCCUUCGCAAGGAGUAUGUUUGUGGUCUGUUGACUGGAGGGCCAGUCAUCCAGAGGGUUCAGAUUUGUUGGGGAACCAAAGGUAAAAACAUUACGCGAUUCUUCAGGUCUCCGGAGCGUCGCCUCUUCUCGACUGUGCAGGAAUUGGGCAUGAGUUUACUGGCUGUUCAUGAUCUUCUCAUCUUACGAGCGACGACCUUGCGACUGUGUCGCACAUAUGAGACCAGUCGCCACCAACUAGCCAAAGAGCAGGCGAAGAAGAGACGCCAGGAGCUGCUGUUCCCCUCUGCCAUGCCGAACGAAAAGAGAAGAAGAUUCAGUCUUCUGAGUUCCUCUCCUUGAAGGUCUCUUCUGUAUAAUAAAUCCAGCAUGCUGGCAUUCUUCCGUAUGUGCACGAAAAAGUGCGGCGUUCUGUAAUCUCUUCAUCCCUUGCUAUUUAUGCCAGCAUCCCUUACUUAUUCAUUUCCCUUGACUCCAAUUGAUUUUUUCCAUCCCUUGAUGCUGUCCCUUAAUGUUGUCCCUUGAUGUUGUCCCUUGAUGUUGUCCCUUGAUGUUGUCCAUUGGUGUUGGCCUUUGAUGUUGUCCCUUGACGCGGUCUUCUAAAUUUUUCUCUUGCCUCUUCACUCUA